AGUUAGGUAGUUCAGUGGAAAGUUUCCAGAUUUCAUCCGAGCUAAAGCGCCUAUGAGAAGAAUUAUUGAUUCCUCCAAACUCCAAAUUGCCAUAGCAUGAGUAGGCGGAGUCUUGCUGCGGUCGUCGUAUUGUUAUAGAUUCCUUCUCCGUCGCAUUCAAUCCCUUUUUCUUUUCUUUCUUUUUUCUUUUUUCUUAUUCUAGCUUUUGCUCUUCGUCGCUCGUUAUCAUAAUACUACAGUUUUAAAUCUGCCGAUGGCUGAAGCUACACCCGUUGCUUCAGCGCCGGCGCCUCGGCCAGCGCCUCGGCCAGCUACAAAUGAUGUUUUAGUUCUCGCCAACGGUGUCUCUCUUUCCCUGACGCGGGAUUCGCUAAUCGUCAAAGACAAGAUCCAAGUCAAGCGACACCGGAAGAAGCUCUGCGGCGUUGGUUUAGGCAACGCCCCUACCGAAUUAUCAAUACCCCUUUAUAACGUGCUCUGGGCAGAGGUGGCUUCUGAACACCUGAUCAUCGACUAUGCGGACCAAAUAUCCAAGAAGCAACUCCGCGCCGUCAAGUUGUCUUACGCGCUCGACGAGACGGUUCCGACUGUUGUAGACUCGUGGGUCAACACCCUCCUUGACCAAGCAUACGGGACGUCUCAGCGCAAGAAGCGCGCCAAGGUAAUAGUCAACCCGCAUGCGGGACCCGGAGGUGCCGACAAAACGUGGGAGCACGACGUAAAGCCGCUGUUCGAAGCAGCUCGCAUGUCGCUCGACGUGGUUCGAACUAAGUUCUCCGGCGAGGCCAUCGAAAUUUGCCAAAAGCUUAAUAUCGACGCGUACGACAUACUGAUACCGUGUUCGGGUGAUGGGUUGCCGUACGAGUGCAUCAACGGCUUGGGGAAACGACCGGACGCUCGUAAAGCCUUGCACCAGGUCGCUAUAGCGCACAUCCCGUGCGGCAGCGGAAAUGCCAUGAGCUGCAACCUGAACGACACGUAUCGGCCGAGUUUUGCGGCGCUCGCCAUCAUAAAAGGGGUAAGGAUGCCGAUAGAUUUGAUGAGCGUUACGCAAGGAGAUAGGCGGAUGCUCAGUUUUCUGAGCCAGUCGGUUGGCAUUAUAGCGGAAUGCGACUUGGGAACGGAAAACCUACGUUGGCUAGGUGCCGCGCGGUUCAAUGUCGGCCUCGUGCAGAGGAUAUUCAGCAAGAAGCUCUACCCGUGCGAUAUCUCGAUGAAGGUCGAAAUUCCGGAGAAAGCGGAUAUCAAAGCACAUUAUAAGCGCGAGCGCAACGGGUGCGAUCAUACUACGCGGAGGGAGAACGACGUUGGGAGGGAGGCGUCCUCGGCGGGCGAAUCUACUUCUAGCGAUGCUGAUUCGGGAGAGGGCUUACCGCCAUUGAGAUUUGGGACGGUCAAUGAUAAAAUUCCCGACGAUUGGGAAACAGCUUCGUACGAUAAGCUUGGGAAUUUCUACUGCGGAAAUAUGGCGUGGAUGGCGCCUGAUGCAAACUUCUUUCCUGCGGCAUGCCCUAACGAUGGGUUGAUGGACGUUAUAAUCAACGACGGGGAUAUCUCGGCGGCCAAGUAUCUCGAAUUGCUGGCGUCUGUCGAAAAUGGGCGGUUUUUUGAUAACCCUCUCGUAUCGUAUCGGAAAGUCGUCGCUUAUCGAUUCACGCCUCACAAUCAAAAAGACGGCUACAUUAGCAUCGAUGGAGAGCACGUCCCGUUUGAGCCUUUCCAGGUCGAAGUCCACCAAGGGUUAGGCACCGUGUUAUCGAAGAACGGGAAGUACGAAGCAGCUGGUCCGGCUGGUUGGGAGAAAGCCAUUGUAUAGGUACCUAAGGUAAGCUUGAAAUACGUGGACGGAAGAAGAGAGUAAUCAGCAAGUUAUGUGAUACCCCCCGAGUGUAGACGUAGACAUGUAAAUUCGUCUUAGGAUUAUACGCGCAGUUCAUAGCGAGCUUGAUAUCUUUUUAAUAUAUGACUUUAGCGGUCUUGAACAAAAU